AUGGAACGGGAGAAAAAGUUAGUUGAAAGAAAGGCUAAAGAAAGGGAAGAAGAAUGGGAGAUGAAGUGCCUUGGACUUGAAAAGAUGAAACAGGUAUGUUUGAUAAGUUUAUUACAAUUUUUAUAUUGAAAACAUAUCAACUUGUAGUUGCUAGAUUUUCAUAAGAACAAUUUUUUUCUACUGUCUGAAGAAAGUUUUGACUGAGACAUUUGUUUGAAAUAUUAAACAGCAAAUCCCAUUGAGUUAUUCCAAUGAUUUAAAACGUCAUAAGAAAUUGUGAAGCAGCUGAAAGGAAAAUUAUUUUUAUCAAUCUCAGUGUUUUCUUCCUUACAGCUUGAGCAAAAGUUGCAUGAACAACUUAAGACAAAUGCAGUCACUAUGAAAAAGUUAUCAGAAAAAACAUUAGAGCUUAGAGAUCAGUUGACGUUUAAAGAAAAUGAGCUGGAUCGAGUAAACGAAGAGAUUGCCACUCUAACUGCCAGUGUGAGACUGCUUUGUGGUUUGCUGUUUUUUUUAUAAAUACUGAAACAACUAUAAAAAUGUUUUUCUUCUAUCCCCCUUAAUACUUUUAUAUUCUGAACAAUAUUUUUUUACUUAGAACUAUGCUGACAAUCACAAUUUAUUAUGUAUAUUUAAGAUGGCUUUGCAUGUUAGUUCAGAAACUGCUGUUCAAUAAAAGAGCUAAUGUAAAAAUUUAUUUCAAAUCAAACAAUUUUCAGGACAAGAAGGUAGAAGGAUUGCAGAAAAGGACUGAAGAACUUAUAGAAGCACUUGAAUCUGAAAAAGAGGAAAAAACAAAACUUCAGAAAAGUAAGUGUUCAUGGAACAUAAAAUCACACUUAACUGGUUAACUACCAUGAGCUGCUGGGAGCGGCUUGGCGUUAUAGCCACAAGCCGCUGGUGGCGCCAAUGUUAGUAUCAUAGUAAAUCGAGUCAAAUAUUUAUAUUAUUCCGUUCCCGUUUUGCUUUAAGAUUUUAAUUUACUGACUGGAUGUUUAUAGUCAAAAUACAUACUAUCGGCAGAAUGUUUAAAAAAACGAAAUGUUAAUUAGUUUUUAUUUAAUUUCCUAGCUAGUUACAAAAUUGUACUUACCGCGGCAACAAGUGACAUCAUCAUCAUCAGUGGCACUACAUCCCAUGUAGGGCCCUGGCCUGUUCCACCACAUCCUUCUACUCGGAGCGAUCCAUGUCUUUCCGUCUCCAACUGGUGUAAAUCUGUGUCCACAUCAUCAAUCCACCUCAUCCUUGGGCGACCGGUGAGUCGUCUGCCCCUAGGCUUCUGCCUGUAUAUAACUUUGGCCGCUCUGCAUUCUGGCAUCCUUUCAACAUGACCUGCCCAGCAUAGUCUGCUUUUUUUAUCAUUGUGACUAUGGGUGGUUCUUUGUACAAAUAGAGUUCUUGGUUUGUACAUACUCUCCAGAUACCGGUAUCAUUUUCUAUCACUGGUCCAUAUAUUUUGCGGAGGAUUUUCCUCGCCCAUGUGUUGAGUAGGUUCUCUGCUUUUCUGAUGAGGGUCCAGGUCUCACCAGCGUACGUUACUACAGGUCUUAUGAUGGUGGUGUAUAUUGUCUUCUUUGUUCCCCUUGAUAGGUUUUUGUUUCCCAGUAGCUUUUGUAGACUUCUUUCACCUCCGACAUUAUCUCAUUGUGCUCAUUUAUAGUUGCCCCUAGAUAUUUGAAUGUGGCCACUCUCAAAUUUAUGACAGCAUGGGAGUUUCUUGACAUUAUCAUAUAUUUUGUCUUCGGUUCAUUUAUAUCAAGGCCAGCUUUGACUGAGGCAUAUUCGAGUUCCCUGAAUGCUUUAAUUAUGUCAUUACGGUUUCUACCCAGUAGUGCUAUAUCAUCUGCAUAUGCCAGGUACUGCAAUGGUUGGCUAUAUAAGGUGCCUCUUGGUCGUUCUUCUGUAGUAUCUCUCUGGAAGUAGUUUGUUAUGGUUCCACUGGUGCUAACGUGUAUGCUUCUAAUAACUUUUUCUAGUGUGAUGUUAAACAGGAUACAUGAUAGUGAGUCUCCUUGUCUGAGGCCCCGAUUAACUGUGAACUCCCUAGAGUAUUCUCCCUGUACCUUGAUUCUACUUUUGGAUUUGGCCAUUGUCAUGUGUAUGAGCCGAGUAAGCUUGUAAGUUCUUGUAGAGCAUUGUAUAAGUAGUUCCUGUUUACACUAUUGUAUGCUGUUUUGUAAUCCACAAAUAGUUAGUGUAUGUCGAUGUUAUAUUCGUAGCAUUUCUCCAGGAGACAUCUUCUAGUAAAAAUAUGAUCUGUGGUUGACUUAUUCUGCCGGAAUCCACAUUGAUAGUCCCCUAGGAUCUGUUCGCUAUACUUUUCCAAUUUUCUCGCUAUAAGUUUUGUGAGGAUUUUGUACAUUACAUUAAGAAGGGAGAUACCUCUAUAGUUUGAGCAGGUCAGCUUAGAUCCUUUUUUUGUGAAUUGGGAUUAUGAGUGCCGUGUCACAUUCAGUUGGCAUUUCUUCCUCCUGCCAGAUUCUGGUUAUAAGUUCGUGUAUUUGCCUAUGUAGUUCGUUACCACCUAGCUUUAUGAGUUCUGCAAGGAUACGGUCUAUUCCUGGAACUUUGUUAUUUUUCAUGGUGGAGAUUACAUCUUUUAUUUCAUUUAAUGUUGGUUGGUUGACCAGUGGGUCCGGUCCUCCUUGUGGCGGAGCGUAAUCUUCAUUGGUUCCUCCACCUGCGCCAUUCAGUAAGCCUUCAAAGUGUUGUGCCCAUCUCUCUAGUACUCUACUGUUCUCUGUGAUCAAUUCUCCAUCGGCGCUUUCACACAUGUGGGAUCUUGCUUGAAAGCCAUUCUUUUCCUGCUUUAUCUUCAGGUAUAUUCCCCUAACGUCUCUUGCUUUUGCCAACUCUUCUAUCUCUACUAUUUUUUAUUUUUCCCAAACACGUUAUUUCUUUCUGCAAAUUUUGCUGGCCACCCUUCUUGCUUCAUUAUAUAAUUGUCGUGUUCUUCUUGUUUCCCUUUGCAGCAUCAUUAGCUGAGCUUUGUUUCUUCGUUCUAUAAGUUCUUUGCAUUCUGCGUCAUACCAUCCUGCUCUUUUCACUGACAUUUUAAAUCCAAUCGUUUCCUCUGUUACACUUGUAACUAUUUGCUUCAUCUUUUCCCAUUGCUGGGUUAUAUCAACGUUGCUGCCUGAUUCUUUUGGAUAAUUCUAGUAGAGUUUCAAUCUUCUGUUGAUAUUCCUCAGUAAUUUUUGGGUCCCUACUCAGUUUCUGACUAUUGUACUGUUUUUCUCUUUUAUUUUUUUUAUUGUGGAUGUUACAUAUUCUUUGCUUAUAUUUGAUUCUAACAAGCAUGUGGUCUGAUUGUAUGUCCGCCCCUAUACAACUUUUCACAUCCGAUAUGGCUGAGCCAUGUCUCCGGUUGAUGAGUACCUGGUCUAUUUGAUUACGGGUGAAUCCAUCUGGAGAUAUCCAUGUCGCUUUAUGUAUUUGUUUAUGAUGGAAUAGUGUGCUACUGAUUAUCAUUCCUUCUCCAGAAGCAAAGUCUAUAAGACGUGUUCCAUUGUCAUUGCUCUCAUCAUGCAUACUUUCCUUUCCGAUUGUUGGUCUGUAGACUAGUUCUUUCGCAUUGAAAUCGCCAAGGACUAUUUUGAUAUCAUUGCAUGGGGCCUCAUCAAACACUCUUUCUAGUGUUUCGUAGAAAGUUUCCUUCAUGCUUUCAUCUUUAUCUUCUGUUGGAGCAUGUGCGCAGAUCAACGUGAUGUUAAACAUUUUUCCUCUAAUCUUUAUGGAGCAUAAUCUUUCACUCACUGGUUUAAACCCAAUGACUGCAUUUACUGUCUCUCUUUUGACUGCAAACCCUGUCCCUAAUGUAUUUGUGUUGUAUCUACUGUAGAAUAUUGUAUACCCCUUAGUACUUAGGAUAACUGAGUCUUUUCCAUCUAAUCUCCUGCAGUGCCGCAAUCAUGAUUCUAUAUCUGAGCGAUUAAUCACUGAGGCGGGCCAAGGCACCUGCUCUGUAUAAACUAAGUACAUUCCAAGUCGCAAUCCAUGUGUCAUAUUUGUGGUCAGGCAUGGGUCGAAAUCCAUAAGUAUCUGUCCGUUUUUUAUAAUUUGGUCUUGCUUUCAUAACAUUAGCUUUUUUAAGUGACAGGGUCGUCAGCCCUGCGCACAACCGUCGGAGGGGAUGCCCCUUGCAGGUCUCAGGGUAGCUGCCGUUGUAUUGGGUCGGGUCCCUAGCCUUUGUGGAUCCCUCCACUUCCUACUAGGCAGUAGGUACUGAUUUUGGUCCGCCCUGGGUAUUUUAUUUCCCCGGUACCCUCCAUAUCUGGUGGGCUUUCCCCAUCCCCCACCUGGAGAGGCGCUCUAUGGAAGAUCAGUAUCUCCUCAAGAGGGCAACAAGUGACAGGGUUACUAAAGGCAUAUAAGUGAUUGAAUGUGUAAAUAUUUUCAAUUUCUGUGUUCUUUGGUCCACUUUCUUAAUAUUUGAUAUACUAUUUGGAAACCACCAAAUAAAAGGCUUUAACAGACAAACUGUGGUAUGCAUCAUUCUGUGGUGUGGAGCUUUUCAGAGCGUUUUGUGUGCCAUUUGAAAUUGCAUGAAAUAACAUAGAAAUAUUGAUACAAGACCCCUAUAAGUAUAUAUUUUUAGAAAGGUAAAUGGAUGGGGAGAAAGUUGGCCAUAUUGCCCACCCUGUAAAAAUUUUUUGCUCAGUGUCCUUGACCUUGGAGUUCUCAAGAGAAAAAAAAUUGACAAAAUGUCUUGCUUUGAAGUGCUCGUAACAUCAUUAAUUUUUAUAUUGCACUAAAACACAAAUCUAAAUGUUGUAGCCUAUUCGUUUAUCUAUCUUAAAGAAAAUGUAUAGUUUGAUAAGAUUUUGAUUGCAAUUAAACCUCGACUGAAAGCAAUUUUAAUAAUUUGAGGUCAUUUAUAUAAGAAACUGGGACCACUUUUAAAACCAAGUACAAAAUACAAAAUCUCAGGCAAAAUAGUUAUUAUUGACUAGUUAACAUUUGAAAAGGGACUGUGGAACUGAUUUGGGUUGUUUCACUAUAAAAUUUAUUAGUUCUGAACUAUAAUCUGUAGCUUCUGUGGCUAAAAUUCAGUCAGUCCUUGCCCAACCUCCGGGCCUGGCUCAAAGUCUAAAAGUAGCCUCAGCAGGCCUACUUCAGUAUCACUAAGACUAGAGUGAAAUUCACAAGAAGAAAAAUCUCAACUGAUAUGUUCAUGGGGAAUGUUAAAAUCAUCAUCAGUAUCACUUAAAACCUCUCCUAAAAAGCUUUCAAACAUAUUUCUAUUAGUUCUUGCACUGAAGGCCCAGCCAUAGCGUCAACCAUUUUAGCUUUAAAAAAACCAUCGAUAUAAAACUCCAAUUAAAAAGUAUUUAUUUUCAAGUUAUCACGAAACAGCUUGAACCGAAAGAUGAUUUAAUUAUUAAUAAAAGGAAGUGGCUAUAAUUCCGGUUAAAUAUUGGAUUGGAAAUUGCUAUCAGACCACGUUUUUAAUCGGCCGCCACAGUACAGAACAAGAAUGUUGGCCGAUUUUUUUCUGCUGACCACGGUUGGUGGGUUAAAGAUUAAAAAAUUUUAAAUUUAUACUCAUUGGCACAUCAAUAUAUUUUUUAUUGUUUUUCUAUUGAAAAUACUAAUUUAUCAAUUAAUAAUUUCCUAUCAAAACUUAAUUUUACAAAUGUUUUGAGUUUAUAUUAUAUUGAUAAUUCAACUACCUACAAAAUGGUUUAUUAAUUAUUAGAAUGUGUUUAUAAUUAAGAAAACUGCAGCUGAAAUUGUACAAUAACUUAAAGUUAGAAAAUUGACCUAGACUUAAUUGGGCCAUAGUUAAUCAGUAAGGAAAUUAAUGAUUUGAGUUAUCAAAAUUAUGACUUGCCUGAGUUUAACUAUUUCAUUCCAUCCUUUCAUUUAUUGUUGAUUAAAAGCAAUGGGUCAGGUUAGAAUGAACCAUACCUGUUUUCUUGUCUGAUUUUGUCAUACAUUGUACGAUUUUGAUCUGAGAUGUCUUUGACCAUUUUAUGCCAAGACCUGUCAGAACUGAAAUAUCACAUUAGAAAAUGGCAUCAACGGGUCGUUAAGCUAAAGCUCCCCCUGGCCCACUUACCAGCCACUGGCCCACAUGCCACCCCCCUGACCCACUUAACAAACCGUGUUCGGCUGACACUCAAAAGCCCGGACAAAAAGAGUUUUUGUCUGAUUUUGUCAUACAUUGUACGAUUUUGAUCUGAGAUGUCUUUGACCAUUUUAUGCCAAGACCUGUCAGAACUGAAAUAUCACAUUAGAAAAUGGCCUCAACGGGUCGUUAAGCUAAAGCUCCCUAUGUCCGCCCCCAAAUCACCCCCCCCCCCACCCCACCCCAACCCAAGUAUCAGGCCGCGAAGCAACACGUUGGAGAUGUACCUUUGCGAGGACAGCCCCCACUCUAGUCCACUUGAUCGGGUUCCGCUGGAGGCCGCCCCAACCCAAGGACACCCGGCCGGUUCGACACUGUGCGUGAACACAAUCAACUCUUCUAGGAGUCGGGAUGGUGAAUUUAUAUCCCAAUAUCUCCCCUCAGCCAACCCAAAUGUCACAACUACAAUUUUCAUACUGAUGUUCUGGUAGUUUUUAUGAUUUAAAAAAAUAAAAAUAAUAAUAAAUAAAACAUUUUGGGUUGUUGGCUUUUGCUCCUUUCUAUGAUGGGCCGUGAAUGGACAGAGAAAUACGAUUGGCUUAGGACCAUCCAUAAUUAUAUUAUGUACACGGGAGGAAAGAGGGUGGUGUUGUCUUGGAAGGGUGCUGUUGUGCAUGCUGACAUAUUUUAUAAGGAAUAGUAAGUGGCAUUUGAAAUCUAUUUUUAGAAGUCACUAAGCAACUCCUGCAUUUUUUUUUUUAAAUUCUGGGAGGGGGGCUCAACCUCCUCCCAAUCCCCACCCACACUUUUGCUCUGGUGACUUUAGCAGGCGACCACUAUUUCCCUCUCUGCCACCACCACCACCUCUUCCUAUAUCAAAGUGGCAAAAUGAUGGGCUCCUUUUUAUUUUCAAUAGUGCACGAUAUAUAAGUAUAUAAAAGUCAGUAAUCUACUUUGACUUUGAGAAGUGACCUUAAUUUGACAUGCGACACACUGUAUAUUUAUUUUUUACUAUUACAAAAUGCUAUAGUAUGAUUUUAAGAUGGUAAAGCACUAUUCCGAGACUAUAUUGUAUUAUUUAGGGUGCAAUAGUGCACGAUAUAUAAGUAUAUAAAAGUCAGUAAUCUACUUUGACUUUGAGAAGUGACCUUAAUUUGACAUGCGACGCACUGUAUAUUUAUUUUUUACUAUUACAAAAUGCUAUAGUAUGAUUUUAAGAUGGUAAAGCACUAUUCCGAGACUAUAUUGUAUUAUUUAGGGUGUAACCAGGUCUGUAAUUCUAAAAAAAAAUGUUGGUUUGUGAAAUAAGUACUGUAACAGCCUGUUAUGUAGGAUGUGUUACGUCACCUUUCCCCCAGUGCUGCCAAUAUAGCAGACACCGCAUUCUUAGUGGAUGUGGUUUAAUCUCUUUGAUCUUUGUCCGGUUUCUUGUAUUCUUGAAAGCGUUUGUAAAGUAUAAUGAAUUGUGGAAUAUUCUAGUUAUUAGUACAAUCCGGAAUACGCCUAGAUUUUUCAGUAGAACCCACUAUAAAAGCAAAGAGAGCAAUAACAGAGAGAGACUGAUAGAGAUUCAGAUAGAGAUUUUUAAUUUUAGGAGACAAGUUUUAUUAUUCUUUGUGGACUCAUUUGUGUUUAUUCGCAUUCGUCAUUGUACAUUAUUAAUUGGCACAUUGUACUAACUGUGUACCGGUACAAGAUCUGCCAUACUCUGUAAGUUGAUGAUUUGUAGUUAUAUUUCUUUUGUUUUGUAAUUGUAUUAAUACUUAAAUAAAUCUUAUUAAUUGUAAUUAGCAACUGUUUUGUGUGUCAUAUUUUUGCUAUUGUAUUUCUUUAUGGUAUCGUCCUUUGUUAUGCACUGUUUGAACGAGCCAUAAAAUUAAAAUAAGAGAUUAAUUUCUCAUUAUAGAAGGCAGUGCGUAACACAGCAUAUCUAAAGGUAAAAAUAGCAAAAAUUGAACCCUUUGCAAAUAAUUGGUGGAGCACCUCUCCAUUUAUUCCCACUCCACUCCCCCACUUUUUUUUUGCUUGAGACCCCUAAAUGCUAAAUGAAAAAAUGGUUGCCUGUCCCUGUUAUAAAACAUGCCUAGGAUAAGGAGUUUCUCCAUAUUGCUGAUGAUUUUUUUUUUAAUUUUAAGGUUACCACGAACAGUUGUGUGAAUUAAAAAAUGGUCUUAAUUAUUCAGAGGAAACAAUUGUUAGCUAUGAAAACUUGCUACAGAAACAAGAUAAUGACAUUCUUGAUUUAAAGAAAGGUUAGUGGUUAAUUAAUUUAAUGUAGUCUCAUCAUUUAUAUAUGUAUAUAUAUAUAUGUAUAUAUAAAUAUAUGUAUAUAUAUAUGUAUAUAUAUAUGUAUAUAUGUAUAUGUGUAUAUAUAUAUGUAUAUAUAUAUAUGUGUGUAUAUAUAUGUAUAUAUAUAUAUAUAUAUAUAUGUAUAUAUAUAUAUGUGUAUAUAUAUAUAUGUGUAUAUAUAUAUAUGUGUGUGUGUAUAUAUAUAUAUGUGUAUAUAUAUAUAUAUAUAUAUAUAUAUAUAUAUAUAUAUAUAUAUAUAUGUAUAUAUAUAUAUAUAUAUAUGUAUACGUAUCUAUGUAUGUAUAUAUAUAUAUAUAUAUAUAUAUAUAUUUUCUGUGUACUGACUUUUAAAUAAACAUUUUAUUUCCAAAAUCUUCAAGUUAUACUGCUUUUUAUAUUGUGUGCUACAAUUUCUACUUCUUCAACAGAAAUUGAUUCUCUUGAAAUGGAGAACAAAAGACUGGAUGAGGUUAUUGGAAACAAGGAAUUGGAGAUUGUUCAUAUCAAUAAACAGGUCUGUUAAAAAAUGUGUGUAUCUAAUGCAGCGGUUCUCAACCUGUGGGUCGUUUGGGGGUUGCGCGACCCUUUUCCAGGGGUCGCCUAAGACCAUAUGAAAACACAUAUCCUUACGGCUGUGAAGAAGCAACGAAAAUAAUUGUGUGGCUGGGGGUCGCCACGACACGAGGAACUGUAUUAAAGGCUCGCGGCACUAGGAAGGUUGAGAACCACUGAUCUAAUGGGUUUCAAUUAAUAAUAAUUAUGGCAUCAACUUUUUAUAUCCCACACAUUGUCAGUGUCUUUAUUGAAUACAGAAUGGCUAAUGAUACGGCACCUUUCUCUUUAGUGUAAAUCUGGCACUUUCUAAUAUAAUGCCAUCUUUUGCAACACAUAAGGCUGAUUAUAUUUUUCAAAACUAUAGAAUGAUAAUUGAAAGGUCUUCUUUUUUUUUUUAAAGUUGGAGUGACUCAUUUCAGUUGUAUUCAAAAGAAGUGCAUUUUUUAGGAUCAAAUGCUAAAAAUUCUAACACCAUAAGAAGAAUUUGUCAAAUUAUUUUGAUUUAUUACAUAUUGAUCGCAGAUAAUAUUGCAUAAAUGUAAUUUUGAAUGCACUAAAUAAAACUUAGUAACCUUAAAAUAAGAAAAAUCUAAAUCAUUGGCUAUCUUUUAUAACAUAAUUCGCCUUCGAAACUAAAGCAAGAAGACGACGCAGGCUAUAUUUAGAAACCUCCCUUCCCUUUCCUCUCGCUUGCCAGCCAUGCGCACACCCCGACAAACUCGCGGCGUAUGCUAAGCCGCGGGUCGGCUAUAUUUAUAUAGUUCAUGACGUAAAAUUAAAAGUGUGCAGUGACGUAUCGGGGGGGGGGGGGGGGAGGGGGGGGGGGGGGGGGGAGAAGGGGUAUAAUAAAUGUGCUUAACUUGAAUUAACAUUUUUGUCAAGUAACUUUAAUAGAUGGGAAGUUGACGCAUUGCUGUCACCAAUGUUUUGCGGGCUAUAUCAAGGGUUUAACCUGCUGCACUUUUUUUUUUUACACUGAGUCCGGCUAUUUUGAGAAAAUACAUAGUGGCUCCAAGUGUUACAAAAUAGAUUUAACAUAUCAUUAACAGUUGUUCUACAGACAGUAUAUAGCCCAUUUGGACAACUGUGUCUUUCACGAAGUCUUCACUCACCUAUGAGCAAUUCUGCGGCGUAUGCUACGCCGCAGGUCGCCUAGUCUUUUAUAAUAUGUAACCAUUUUAGUUUAGCAUUUUAGGGUUUUCAAGCUUAAAGGAAGUGUGGAGCAGAGUGGGGGUAAAAAAAGAGAGGCGCCCCACCAAUUAAAUGAAUAAAGUCAAUGACUUUAGUAAUCUCAACCCUUGCAAAAUCUUACUAUUUUGGGAAAUCUUUUUUUGAAAUAAAUUUUUAGAACUUAAAUUCCAACGAUUUUUAAAAAUUCUUUUUAUAGGACAUUUAAAGUAUGUCUGCAUUAAAAUCAGACUCAGCAAGGUAUAAGUGGUUCACUAAAGUGAAGAAUUAUUAUCUCAAAUAUAAGACAUGCAAAGCCAUGCACAGUUACGUUGCGAACCCCCUCUACAAACAUAGGAGCUAGAAUGAUCAAUACAUCGAUUGUGGGCCUUCAAAAGAUAGAAGAAGAAGAAUGAUGCACAAUUUCAAUAUUUAACCUGUUAAUUGGUUAAAAAUGAAAGGGAAACCAAAUAUGGUGAAAUUCAUAAUGAAAAAUUAAGAGAAAAAAAAAGAUUUAUAUGAGAAACUUUGUUUUAUUUUUAAUUGUGACAAAAGUAAUAGGCGCCUACUCAGAUUACUUUACAAGUGGUUGAAUGUGAUUCAGCACAAAGGAGUUAAAUUUGUUGACCAUUAAUAUAUAUAAAUAGUAUUACAAUUAACUUAUUUAGUAAAAAUGUAAUUUCUAUACUUACGGAUAGUUUCUUUUUCAAUGGGUUUUCAUUGUUUUUAUUUUAUAGCUUGAACAGAAAGACCAGGCAUUACGACAGAUAGAGAGAAAAGCUUUGGAGGUUGAGCACAAAGAAAAGAUUUCCUAUGAACAAAUACAGAAGACUAAUGAGGAAAGGGGAGUCCUUGAAGAAAGCUUGCAAAGACUGAAAGAUAAAAAUAAAAAUUUAAAGAACAAAUAUGAAGAUCUGGA